AUGUGCUCUGCUGCCAUGGCGACCAUGGCUCCUCCCCUCACAUUUCUACUCCUGCUGCUUCAACUGACUGAUGGCUCAUUCCCAGAGGAACCCAGUCCACUCAGCUACGCUCCCUUAGAGGUGGUGAGGAGGUAUCCGGUGUUUUUGGGCAGAGCUCAUCACUCCGCACAGAGACAGGAGCUGCACAUCCAGACUGUACUCCAGGUCAACCGGACACUCUACAUAGGAGCGAGGGAUGACUUGUACAGGGUGGAGCUGGACAAUAUGGCAGGUGAUGAGAUGUUCUACAGCAAGAAACGGACAUGGGAUUCCAAUAAGAAUGACAUUCGAGUGUGCAGGAUGAAGGGAAAACAUGAGGGGGAGUGCCGUAAUUUCAUCAAGGUCUUAUUGAGCCAGCACGGCGGCCUGUUUGUAUGUGGAACGAACGCCUUCAACCCGCUGUGUGCCAACUACACCAGGGACACACUGGAGAUGGUGGGAGAGCCUGUCAGUGGGAUGGCACGGUGCCCGUAUGAUCCACGGCAUGCCAACGUGGCUUUGUUUGCCGAUGGAAGUCUCUUUACCGGUACUGUGACAGACUUUCUUGCCAUCGAUGCGGUGAUCUAUCGUAGCCUCGGUGACAGCCCCGCCCUCCGCACAGUCAAACAUGACUCCAAAUGGUUCAGAGAGCCAUACUUUGUGAGCACAGUGGAGUGGGGGCCUCAUAUCUACUUCUUCUUCAGAGAGAUGGCCAUGGAAUUCCACCACCUCGAGAAGGUGAUGGUGUCCCGCGUGGCUCGCAUAUGUAAGGCGGACCUGGGCGGCUCCCAGCGAGUGUUGGAGAAACAGUGGACGACGUUUCUGAAGGCGCGACUCAACUGCUCGGUCCCCGGAGACUCUCACUUCUACUUCAACCUCCUGCACGCCACCAGCGACAUCAUCCGCAUGCAGGGCCGAGACGUCAUCCUCGGCCUGUUCUCCACGCCGCCCAACAGCAUCCCCGGGUCCGCGGUGUGCGUGUUCGACAUGCAGCAGUUGACCCGUGUCUUUGAGGGAAGAUUUAAGGAGCAGAAAUCUCCCGAGUCCAUCUGGACCCCUGUACCAGAUGAACUGGUGCCUAAACCAAGACCUGGGGGCUGUACGGUACAGGGUUCAAGAUUUAGCUCGUCCACCACACUGCCGGACGAGGUGCUGAACUUUGUGAAGACCCAUCCGCUGAUGGAUGAGACUGUGCCGUUGCUGGGACAUCGACCCUGGGUGGUCAAAACCAUGGGCCGGUACCAGCUUACAGCUAUGGUGGUGGACACGGAGGCGGGUCCCUACAGGAACCGGACAGUGCUGUUCCUGGGCUCGACGCGAGGGACCAUCCUGAAGUUCCUUAUGGUUCCCAACGCGGACUCGCACAGCAGCACCUUUCUGGAGGAGGUGGAAGGAUUUAACCCAGAGAAGUGCGGCGAAGACACGCCUCAGGCCCGGCAGCUGCUGUCGCUUCACUUGGACCGAACCAGUCACACGCUGCUGCUGGCCUUCCCGUCCUGUCUGGUCAGAGUGCCCACGUCACGCUGCCACCUGCACUCACGCUGCAUGAAGAGUUGUUUAGCCUCCAGAGACCCCUAUUGCGGAUGGACCAGAGGCAGCACCUGCUCCUUCCUGCGACCGGGCACUCGGUUGCCGUUUCAACAAGACGUGGAGUACGGAAACACCACUUCCCAUUUAGGGGACUGUGAUGGAAUCCUUCAGCAAAGUCUGCUGAUUGAGCCUGAGAGCUUAGUCUCCCUCAACCUGCUGGUGGCAUCUGCAGUCUCAGCCUUCACCAUUGGGGCGGCGCUCUCUGGCCUUGCUGUCUGCUGGAUCAUGGCCCACAAGCCCGCCAACCGUCGUCACGGCAGCACCCCACAGUCCUCCAUCCAGCGGCGCGAGAGGGGCCUGCUGAGUAACGGCGGUGGGAUGGGAGGCUCUGUGCUCAGCGUGACAAGGCAGGUUGGAGGAGACCGCUCCUGCUCCCAGGGCGGUGGGGAGACCUUGUUCGUCAUGCCCAAUGGCUGGGUGAAGUCGGGCGAGCUGGACCCCGGCUUCCUGCCCACUCCAGAGCACACGCCCCAGCAGAAACGCCGCGGGCUACGCCUGUCGGACUCCAACUCUGGGGGGUGGGACACCAGCCAGACUUACCUGGGUGGAGGCUCCGUGGGACUGGGCUCCCCCUGCCGCAUCCCUCCCUCUGUCUAUCUGACCACCAGACUUUUCCAGCAAGGAGGCGGGGGGAGGCAUGGGGGUGAGAGCCGUGGGAAUGAUACACCUCGCCAGCACUACGUCUGCCUGAGCAAACAAGAGAAAGGUGGGAGGGGGACCCCCAAAGUGCCCCUGAGGAAGUCUGCAGGAGAGUAUGUUUACCCCAUCACCCCCCAGGACUCGCCGGAACGUCGGAGGGUGGUCUCGGCUCCCAGCGCCCCCGUGGAGUAUGGGGAGCCCCUGCCUCUGCGUUGGCCGGCCCAAGAAGGAUAUAUUCUCAGCAGCCAUGGCAUGGUCCCCGUCCCUCUGCCUACUCCGGCCUCCAUGCCGGCUCCCAGUGGCCAGCCGUACGUGGCCCAGCAACACACCCCCGGGCUGGGUAGGGCUCUCCUGAGGGGGGCGCUUGGGAGAGGGGAGCUAGGGGAGCUUGUGGAUCUCAGCCAGCUUAUGAGUAAGAAGAGCUGCAGUGAGAGGACUCAGACCGGCCAAUGA